CUGUCACCAACUUCUCAUUAAGUAUCUGCAGCUUUCAAAGACGAUCCGAGCAAGAGGAAUGACUCCCGGUGUGUUGCUCAUUUGGCUUGGAUACAAUAUCUGCAACGUUCACGCUUCUUCAGAAAUGCGGAGAACUGGUAUCUACAUAACAGUAUCCUCGUACACCGGAUUCUGGAGCUAUGGGCACUUCGAGAUGAACUGGUUUGGCAUCCCCGAGAAGCACAUGAGAGUGGCACACGCGGCUUUAACAAUGAGGAGUCCUCCCGAAAAACGUGCUGACGUUCUAUCCAUGGUACCUAUUACACAACCUUCAGGCAAAUAUACAACGAGUGUACCAGCGCCAACAUUCAAUGUCAGCACAUUGAUGAAAGGGAAAUGCCUCGGCUAUUGGGCCUUCGUGCUGGAACCUUGGGUGCCGUGGAGUCCAGUCAUAUUGUACUCUUCCUGCUUCACUCCCAAACCUAGGUGGAUGCGGCAAAACUGUUGCAUGCUCUUGACGCUCAAUCUUUUGGAUCUACUCAUUCCUGGCACGCACAAUUCUGGCAUGUACCAACAGGGAUACGCGCAUCCGCACGAGGAGUACCUGUAUAACCAGGACCAAACUGUGGCGCAGCAGCUGGCAUACGGUAUUCGCAGCCUUGAUUUGAGAGUGCAGUAUUCUAGCGGCGUGUUUUACGUCACCCAUGACAGAAUCAGAGGAUGGCCCACCAUUGAACAAGUUCUCUUAGAAGUUCGCGAGUUCGUGCAAGCAACUGGUGAACUAGUGCUUCUAGAUUUUCACAGGUUCACAAAGGGUUUUGACAAAGAGUCCGACAACGUCACAGCGCGGCGUAUGGAGCUUGUGAAGUUAAUCUUCACAAAAUUGGGUGAUGUUGCUCUCGAUAACUAUGCCUAUUUUAUGAAAUUGAUUGACCUGCUGGACCGAUGUCGAAAUCAAACUAAGCCAAGUGGUCACGUUAUAGUGUUUUACAAUUAUGCAGGUUAUACUGGAAAGUAUCAAAGAUUCUUAUCACCCGGUGUCCAUCACAAAUGGCCCAAUGCGCAAAGCGAAAGCGCCCUCAUGCAAUAUCUGGAAAAGCACGCAUGCGUACACCGAAGUAGUAGCAAUCCCAUCUCAAUAAUGGCAGAGCUCACUCCUUCCUUUCCGUCUCUUGCUAUUGGAAAUCGUCGGGCGGCAGAAUUGAUCAAUCAUCAGGUCACUGAAUAUUUCAGGCGAGCAGGGCCGAAAUGUCAUGGCAUAAUUGCCACGGAUUACUUCUUGGGCAACGGAAUGAUUGAGGAAAUAUAG